UUAUAUCUGUUUUAUCUUCAAGCUAAAUUAUGGGUGGGAAGCGAGUCAGAAUUCAUACAAAUUUUCAACCCAACAAGUGUUGUAAGAGAAGGUUUGUGGGGGGUGUUGAUGAUCGGAUAAGUCAGUUGCCAGACGACAUUCUCGUUGAUAUACUUUCUCGCCUGUCGCUCAAGGAAGCGGGACGCACUAGUGUUCUUUCGUCUCGUUGGACCAACUUGUGGAAACACACCCCCUCUCUCAAUUUCGACGUUGGACAAACUGUAUUAGACAAGCUUUACGGACAGCGCGAGUUAUUCAAACGUGAGAAACGCAAGUACGUGAAAUGGGUGAACUCCGUUACUCGAUCCCACAAAUCUCUCACCUUAAAAGAAUUCAAAAUCCGUUUUGCUUUAGACAAAUCAGCAAGAAAAGCAAUCACUCGGUGGCUUGAAUUUGCAUUUUCCAGACAAGUUGAGAGUUUGGAGUUGGACAUUAAAAGUGAUCGUCAUACCUCCACGGAUUAUCGCUUCCCCAAUGAGUUGCUAAUCGCAUCUAAAUUGCAACCCCCUUCAGACAGUGUUUGCAUCGAUCAUCCUCGUAUGCUUGUUGACUUUAAGUCCCUCAAAGAAUUGUCUUUUAGAAGCGUUCAAGUGGGCGAUGCAGCUAUUGAAUUCUUUCUACAUAACUGCCCGCUGCUCGAAAAAUUGAUUGUCCAUCACUCCGAAAAAAUAUCAAAGCUUGAAGUUUGUGGUUCAUCCCUCAAGUUAAAACACUUGGAGAUAGUCUAUUGCUUCGGUUUGAAAUCCCUUAAAGUUUCCGCGCCAAGUCUUACGUCACUUAAGGUUACGAGUUUAGACGGACUUUUACUUGAGAAUGUUCCGAUGCUAGUUGACGCAUCUGUCAGUUGUAAGGAUGACAGUAUUUCAAUAGAGCAUUUAUUUUCUGUACUGUCUUGCUGCGUUUCUCAAUUGCAGACUCUUUGUUUGGAUCUGACGAGGAGAAACUUUAGACAAGAAGUAAACGAGCUCUGCGAGCUUCCUAAAAUGCCUAAACUGAAGAAGUUGGUCAUCGUAUAUCUUGCCAGAGGUUAUGAAAAUCUUAUUAGACUGGCUUCUUUUAUAAGGGCAUCUCCGUACUUGGUGGAAUUUGUUUUAAAGGUAGACCUUCUACUAUAUUGGUAAAUGCUCUUUCAUGUUUCGGUUUUUUUCUUUUCUUUCUAACUACUUAGAAAAGCACCUAAAAAUGAACCCACUACAGUAUUGGGUACCUCUCUUUAAUCUUUAGAGAGCAUAGAAAACGUAAUAGUAUGACUACUUAUCCAUCACUCCUGCACGUCGAAAGUGAGCAUUGGCUCUUGUAGAGAACAAUUGUUGGAACAUAUAUAUAAUAGUUACCAUUUUUUCCAAGACAUCAUUCAAAGCUAACCAAUACUAGUUUCUUCUUGCUUAUGCGAACAUGUUCGAUGUUUUCUUUAUUUCGACUUAUAUGAUUUAUUCACUUGGUGUCUGAAGUAGGGGUGUAAAUGAGUCGAGCAUGGCUACUUUGGUGAGCUCGGCUCUUCAGGAAAUUCACGAACAACUCAGAAAAAGCUCGAGCUGGAGUUCAAACCGGCUCAUUAAGCUCAUGAGUCUAUUCAGCUCAUUUACACCCCUAAUUUGAAGUAGACCUUAUUUUGUAUUAAAAACGCAUUUAACAGCAGUAAAUUCUUAAUUUU